GCAGACACACUAUUGGCUGGCGUCGGUGCAGCAGACAUGGCUGCCCUCUGUCUACACUUCUGCAGCUACAGACCUCCGCUCACAGCCACACGUGUGUUCUAAGGGCAGUAUUGUUUUAUGGAAACCAGUCGCCACACGGUUUAGUGCUGUGUAACAGUAUGAACUGAAAUGCUACGUUGUCGGUGCUGUGUAGUCCUCUUGUUAGCCACCUGUCUCCCUGCUAGCGCGUAAGCUGCCAGCCGAGACCCCGGUCAGCCUGUCAUCGAACACCGCUAGCCGCUUUAACAAUCUGUUCACGGUCAGUUGGAUCUUAAACCAGGUAGAGAACUGUUUUUCACGUCAAUAUAAGUUAGUCAACCAAGUGACCCCGCGGCUAAAUGCCCGAACAAGGCCCCAGGAUGAAUGGAUUUUCUAUCGGUGAGCUGUGCUGGCUGUUCUGUUGUCCGCCCUGUCCUAGUCGCAUCGCGGCUAAGCUAGCCUUCCUUCCACCGGAGCCGACCUAUUCGAUACACUCCGAUGCUAACGGGGCAACUAGCUUACAUUUAACCGAGCGGGCGGACUGGCAGUACUCGCAGCGGGAGCUCGACGCAGUAGAAGUAUUUAGCACCCGAAGUAGCCGGGGGAACCGGGUUGGAUGCAUGUUUGUGCGUUGCGCCCCGAACAGUCGGUACACACUGCUGUUUUCCCACGGUAACGCCGUGGACCUGGGACAGAUGUGCAGUUUUUACAUCGGCCUCGGCUCCAGGAUAAACUGCAACGUGUUCUCAUACGACUAUUCGGGCUACGGAGUCAGCACCGGCAAGCCCUCUGAGAAGAACCUGUAUGCGGACAUAGAGGCGGCCUGGCAGGUCCUGAGGAACAAGUAUGGUGUAACACCUGAGAAUAUCAUCUUGUAUGGUCAGAGCAUCGGCACUGUGCCCACCAUUGACCUUGCUGCUCGCUAUGAAUGUGCUGCUGUUAUCCUGCAUUCACCACUAAUGUCAGGGCUACGGGUGGCAUUCCCUGACACACGCAAGACCUACUGCUUCGAUGCCUUCCCCAGUAUUGACAAAGUGUCCAAGGUGGCAUCUCCAGUGCUGGUAAUCCACGGUACUGAGGACGAGGUGAUUGACUUCUCCCAUGGCCUGGCCAUGUACGAGCGGUGUCCCCGUGCAGUCGAGCCCCUUUGGGUGGAAGGAGCUGGCCACAACGACAUUGAACUGUACGCCCAGUACCUGGAGAGACUCAAGCGGUUUAUCUCCUUUGAGCUUGCCACUUCUUGAGAGGAGCUCAGUACUUAGGCCCAGGUUCAUCUCGGCACACUCAAGAGCUUCUUCCUCAUAAUUCCCCAAAUUCCUCUUUUAGGGGUCGACAUGACUAGAGGAAAAACAUCACACUGGUCCUCUCAGUCCUUGAAGCCAUUUCAAGGUGGGAAUAUACUUAGUGCACUGGAAGAGGAGGUUUUUUUUUUUUUUAAAUUGUAGAGGUGCAACUGAAGGGUAGGCCAGUCCAAUCCCCUGUCCCCCAAACUGACUGGUGCCUACUACACAUGAACCCAGAUUGCCAGAUACCCAGGGCCUAUACAGUGUUUGCACUGGCUAUUCAAUCUAGGUUGCCCACUCCAACUCUCAGCCUCCUUUCUUCCUCUGCUCAGCCUGUCUCCCUCACCUUUUCUAUCAGUGUCUCUCUGUGAGCUUCUGUCUGUCACAUUUCCUUAUUCUUCCCUGUGUUUUCUCAUCAGCACCUGCAUCUUUCUUUUUGACUGAUACUCUUUGCAAUGCUGAUUUUUGUAUUCUUUUAUACAAGAUAAAGAAGUAUCAAUUUUGCACCGUGAGAUACAGUUUUUGAAGUUUUUUACUUUUUCUGUAAUUUUAAGUUAUCAUUCAGGGUUGAUUGACAGUGGCACUUUAAAUGUGCAGCUAUUUUCAGGUAAAGAUUGUUUUUUUUCUGUGUUUGGAGAUGUAUAUGUUAAUUUGUUUUGUUAAUGGCAUUCCAUGUUUUUUUGUUUGGUUGUUGUUUUUUGUUUAUUUUCAGGUGGGUGUGUGUUUGAAAGCCAUUACCCACAAUUCACUUCUGCAUAUCUGGGCUUUGCAGCUGUGAUCUUUGAAGUCGUGACGCAUGCUACUCUCUCAUAUGAGGUGUGAACAAAAAAUCCUGAGAUUGUGCUCAGAAAAAUCAAAGAACGUAUCUAAUUUACAUUUGGCCGCCAUCCCUGUUGAAUUAUUCUCUUUGUACAGUGAGACAGUGCCUCAGCAAGUUCUCCUGCAACUCUUGUAAUGGUGCCUGGGACUCCCAUUGUGUUAACAUGUCAAGCAACAUAUGCGUUGAACAAUGAAUCUCUUAAACUGUGACAAGAUAGGUAUUAUUUCACAUGAAUUUCAUUUUGAGGAAGAAAAAGAAGUCACAUGGAGCCAAAUGGGCAAGCUGAGGUGCACCAUUGUGGUUGUGGCCAAACACUUGUGCAUAAUCAUCAUGUUAUGAGUGCACAGGGCAGUUUGAGCACCCAAUUUCACCACAGUUCAGUUUGUUUGCACCAAAUGUUAUCCCUCUGACAUCUCUGGACUUUACGCUACAACUUUUUAACAGCCCAAGCAUGGGGGACAAAUUCAUGGUGCAUCACCACAUGUACAUUUGAAGACAAAAUUAUGAGCCCCCUAUGAAAUUUUAACCCAGGUGCAUUUCUAACAGAGCAGAGGAUUUUCAAUAUAGCACUUCCAGAUGUACUAGUUUUCCUCAGAAAGUAUGAAUUGUUUUUUUCACACAAUAAAGAAUAAUUUUAGAAAAAUAAAAAAUUACAAGGGUCAAUAUUAUUACCUUCCUUAAAAACUGACCUUUUUAUUGAGCCAAAGCACAAACCACUGUUGUGCAAUCAUGUGCUUUAACUUUAUAAUGCUCACACCUGGUAGUCAGUCAAGUUAAAACUGAGGGUUGUUCUACACUUUCCACACAGUUUAUAAAACCAUGCCAAAAACAAAAGAAAUCCGUUUAGACUUGAGAAAAAGAAUUGUUGAUGCUUACAAAGCAGGAGAAGGUUAUACAAAGUUCUCACAGCAUUUCCAAGUGUCAAGAAGUAGAGUGAGAAGUAUCAAGAAGUUCGAAGACAGCCACACAGUACAGAACAACUCUGGCAGAGGUAGGAAGUGAAAGAUUUCAAAGACUCUGGAGAGAAAAUUUGUGAGAGAAGAUCUAAAGAUCUAUCUAAAGAACAUCACCAAAACACUAGUUAAUGACUUAGCCAAGUCAGGAAUUGUAGUGUCAAAGAAGACAGUCGCUAGAGCCCUGCGCAGAAAUGGACUGCGAGGAUGCAGGCCAAGAAGCACUCCACUUCCACAGAAGAGACGCCUUCAAGCCAGACUGAUGUAAGCUACGGAAAAUGUGGAGAAAGAUUCUUAAUAUUGGAAGCAUGUCCUUUUGUCAGAUGAGGCCAAACUAGAGCUGUUUGGCCAUGGAGACAUUGCUUAUUGUUGGAGAAAGAAGGGAGAGGUGUAUAACCUAAAGAACACCGUCCCCAUAGUUAAGCACAGUGGUGGCAGUAUUAUGAUAUAGGGAACUAGGAAUCUUGUCAAGGUUGAAGGAGACAGAAGGAUAUAUGAAGAUUUUGAAAGAAAACCUCAAGCAAUCAGCUGCAAAACUGGGUCUGGGUUGUCGCUUUGUCUUCCAACAUGACAACGACUCAAAACAUACGUCGCUCCUGGUGAAAAAUUACCGCCAGAAGAACAAAGUGAACGUUAAUGACUGGCUUGCACAAGGCCCUGACUUGAAUCCCACUGAAAAUCUGUGGGGUCAACUGAAGACCAGGGUCCAUGCCAAAAGACCAUCAAAUCUGGAGGAGCUUGAGAAAAUUGUCAAAGAAAAAUGGGCUGUGAUUCCUCAGGAGAUGUGUCAGAGACUUGUUACAAACUACAACAAACGACUGCAAGCUGUUAUCCAGCAAAAAGGAUACACAACUGAUUAUUAGCAUCAAGAGGCCAAAUAAUGAAAAGCUGUGUUAAAAAUUCCUUGAUCUGUUUAACAGCACUUGGGAAUUUAGAGAAAAAAAUUCAUAAGGAGGCUGAUAAUUUUGUCUUCAACUCUAUGUUAAAGAAAACAAUGAGCGUGCUCCUGACCUGAUGCUUCUUCUGUAGUCUUGUAGUCACUGUGACUCUUAUACAUUGAAAACUGCUGUUCUCCUGUUGGGAGCUGCAGACCCACCCCUUAUCGCCGGUGAUGGUCCUCGACAUGAAGGUUGGAACAUCCUCCAUAUGGUGUUUUCUUCUCGGUCCAUGAAAAAAAUCGCAAAUGUGCUCCCACCAGUGCUCCCAAAAAUGUGCAACAUAGUCCAGCUGUGACGGUUACUGCUCACAGAGGCUGCAUGCUCAUAAAGCACUCUUUGUAUGCCCAACACAAACAGGCCUGGAGAUUUUUUAUCACACCGUGUACAGGGAGAAGAUAAUUCCAAAGUUCAUUGAGUAGUCUAGUGAUAUAAAGUACACCUACUUACUGGUAAAAACAGUCCUGGAGGACAAUUACUUUCGCUUAGGUAUAUUGGAGCCCCUGAUCAUUCUGCAUACAAACAAUGCCUUUAGUACUUUGUGUUUAUUGUUCACAAUUACUGUCCAUAUGACACCAUGAUAGGCAGAGGUACAGGGAGGCGUGAACCAAAAUUGUUUAUUUAAAUACGUUGUGACAGGUGAAUCAUCUAUAUGCAGAGGACCUCAGUGAUUUGUAAAAUGGUUCAAUAGGUCAUUACCUGAACAGAUUUUUUUCAGCCUAUGUUGCAGUUUACAAAUACAUCUCACCAGCCUUGGUAAAGAAGGAGCGAUAACCCAUAACCCAUAGUCUAAUUAGUGUAAUUUUGUAUACAUACAUAUCAGAAUUGUCACUGCAUCCGUGAAUGUUGUCACCAUGCAUUUGCCACUUUGCAACACAGCAAUGAUGUCCCAAAUGUCAGAUAAUAAAGACCUUUACCUCAAUAGAAGAGAGAGCAGCAGGCAUCAAGGCUGUGUUUUGGUUAACUGGAGCUCAUGUGGUAAUAAUAAUUUUAAAAAAGACUGAAAACAGCAAGUAUGACUGACAAGAGAAAGGACAUUGAGCUAAAUUGCUCAAGACAAAAAUGCUGUUGCUGGGUUUGCAUGUGUAUUUAUCAGUCCUUUCACACUAAAAAUAAAGCCUUACAUCUGUACACAUUUCACCCAGACUUUUUGUUGACUACAACUGGGCUCUUGUGGUCUUCAGGGGACUGAUAACUGCUGCUGUCCAUCUGAGGAAUCAGUCAAUCACUGUGAAAGCCAGACUGUUUGAGAAAUACUGCAAUGACAGCAAGGUACUCAAACCAAAUUCAACCUGACCACAGCCAUCCUUUUUUUUGUCUGCCAUGUGUUCCUGCCUGCAGUAACAAGGAACUGGCCAGGGAAGUCCUCUUUUCUAACACUGUUUUGUGAUGAGUUGCCACCACAAAGGAGAAAUGGAGUAUCAUGGAAAUGUGCAACACUGGCAAAUGACCUUUCGUAAUUUGCGGACAUUUCAACUUGUAAUAAUUGUAUUUGAAAUGAUUUGUUCUUUGAUUCCUGCAGAUGGGAAAAAAUGAAGUAAAACACUAAACAAUUAAGCUAAACAAUAACAUUUAGGAAAAUCUGAAUGCUGAGUAUGUUUUUGGAAAAUGAUUGUCUGAGGGACAUUUGAAUAGGAACUUGUAAUGAUCAUUUGAUCCCUGUAUUUCUGUGAAGUGAUUUGUCAGUUCUAUACUAGUGUUUUCUGAUCAUAGCUAAUGCUGGGAUAAUGUUUUUGGAUAAAAAGCCUUUAAUCAUCCCUAGUAUAUUUCCUCUAGUUUGUCUUUUUGAAGGAAAUGAAGACCCUGCUUUAGAUCUGAUUCUUGUUUUGAUACUGACAUUUUUAUGAGGUUUUCCAGUCUAAAUGUUAAUAGAUUUACACUGUCUCUUAAACUGGUUUGUAUAAUAAGCCUCUGUAAUCGUGUACUUCAAUAUCUUAUCUAUACAUAUUAGCCUUUUCACAGGGCUGGCAAGUCUCAUUGAUUUUAACACUGGAAUCACAAUAUGCAAAGGAAAGGCAGAUGAAGCUAGUAGACUCAGAUGUUGGUGUUAGAGUGUAAAACAAAACCAAUGAAAUAAGCCUUAAAUAUGCUGUGAAACAUACAUUGUGGUUCUCGCAAGAAGGCAGCAAAGUCUAUGUUGCUUCUAAUGGAAUAAAGGAUGCAUGGAAGUGUA